UUACAGGCAAGAAACAGUGUCACUUCAGAAGUGGUGGCUAUCAAAAAGAUGUCAUUUACCGGAAAGCAGUCAGCCGAUAAAUGGCAAGAUAUAAUCAAAGAGGUGAAAUUUCUUCGACAUGUAAAACACAAGAAUGCAAUAGAUUAUAAAGGAUGUUAUUUAAAAGAACAUACAGCAUGGUUAAUAUCCUCAAUACUUGACAGUAGUUGUUUUUUUGUGUGUGAAGUUCACAAGAAGCCACUUAAAGAGGAAGAAAUUUCUGCCAUCUGUCAGGAUGCUCUUGAAGGCCUGGAUUACCUCCAUUCCAUGGGGAGAAUUCACAGGGAUGUGAAGGCUGGAAAUAUCCUUCUGACUGAGUCAGGCACUGUUAAAUUAGGUCAGUUAUGUUGUGUUUGUGCUCUGUAUGAAUGUUUACCUCCACCACUAAAGGUGGAUGUUUUCACUCUUGUCUGUGUUUGGCAACAAGAUUUCUCGAAAAUAACUGAACGAAUUUGGACAAAGGUUGCUGAAAGAAAACCACCCUAUUUCAACAUGAAUGCCAUGAGUGCCUUGUACCAUAUAGCCCAGAACGAUUCUCCUGUUCUGACUGGAGGUGACUGGUCAGACAUUUUUAGGAAUUUUGUUGAACUUUGUCUGCAGAAGAACCCGUGUGACAGGCUUGAUGCUAGUGAAUUGUUACAGCAUCUUUUUAUAACCAGGUCUAGGGCACCGAGGGUAAUACUAGACCUCAUACAACGUACGAAAGCAGCAGUAAGAGAAUUAGACAAUCUGAAUUAUAGAAAAAUGAAGAAGAUAUUAAUGGUUGAUUCUCAAGAAAAUGAAGUCUUGACAGUAGAUGCAGAAGAGGACUCGGCCGAUGAUCAGGCAGGAGGAGAUAGCAGCAAGAGUAACAGUAUAGCUAGCACCCAGAGCCACCAGAGCGGUGGGGUCAGUGCUGGUAGUCAAGGCAGUAGUACGAGCAGUCUUCCACCAGUUUCUGAUAAUGAUUCAGGCUAUAACUACCCACCGUCACUUCGAGGCCAGCGAGGGAACGUUCGGGUCAGUCCUUCGAAUUCUUCCACGACGAGUCUGAAUAGUACAGAAGUCGGAGCAAACAACUUUGCCACAAUAAGAACAACUUCCAUAGUCAGUCGUCAAAUUAAAGAACACGAACAGGAGAAUCAGAUGCACGAACAGAUGUCUGGAUAUAAACGUAUGAGAAGGUUACACCAGAAAGCUCUUAUUCAGUUGGAAGCCAAAUGCCGUCAGGAGAUGGACGAACACAAACAGAAACUAGACAAAGAGUAUGAAAACCUGCUUCAACAGUUCAGUAAAGAAUUAGAAAAGGUACAGGUGAAGCACCAGCAAGAUCUAGAACGAAAGCUGAAACAUAAUCUUGCUAGUGAAAAAAGGCUUAGCCAGGCAAUAUCUAAACAACACGAAGAUGAACUGAAACGCUACCAACAGCAGCAGAAAAAUGAAUACAAGCAAAUGAAAGAUCGGAAGAAGAAAGAGAUGGGUGGAGACACUCCCUCUAGACAACGAGAUGAUGCUUUACGUAGUCACAAAGAAGACGUGUUACAUAGGCAAGCAGUAGCUGUGCACAGGUUACAGAGAGAACAAACUGACUACCAUAAGUUGGAGAUUCGUAAAUUUCGACGGAGGAAGCUGUUACAGUAUCAUCAGUUAGAACAAGAUUUACUUCGAGAGGAGUUAAAUAAACGGCAGAGUCAGCUGGAGCAGGCUCACACGAUGCUACUUCAUCAUCAUGAUGGGACCCAGGAGCUAACUUACAGACAGCAACGUUCUGUUCACCAGCUUAAAGACGAGCAGGUUCGCAAACAGCACCACACAGAACUAGCAAACCAACAGGAAUACAACAGUCGCAGAGAGCGGGAGUUACGGAAAAAACAUGCCAUGGAAGUCAAACAACAACCAAAAAGUUUAAAGGUACGUCAGAAAAUAAGUUAA